CCCCCAAAUAUACAGAACGCACGAGCAUCUGGUGGUGCCCGAAGCUGUACUGCUAGCAUGGCACCCGCUCGGAAACACAGGUGUGGACCCUGCGAGAGCUUUCCCUUUCUAUUAUCGAUUUGUUCUCAAAAAGCUAACGGAUUAGACUUUCUAAAAUGGAUCCUGGGGGUACCAGGAAUCCAUACCCGCAAAAAAAUAAUCGAUUUGAAACUGACCGGUCUUCCAACAGGGCUUGUCGAUUCCAUAGUAAUGGAUCCUGUGCGCUGAGUGAAGCAAGUGGCCAUGAGAAUUCUUCCAGUCGAUCCGGUUUCCAUUCCUCCAACAAGAGACCGCAUGGUGAUUGCAGUGCAGAUUCGGGUCAAGCUUCAAAUACCGGCCCGGCCGCGAACCAACCAUUGAGUAGCCGUGCUCGUGGUCAUAAGAAAGCGGGAGGCUGGGAACCCGCCGGCGGUUUGUAAGUUUGACCCCCUAUUGUCCCGGCCGAGUUUACGCAUGCCUUUAGAGCUAAUAUCUCGCUUAAGUCGCCGCCCAGGGACCUCUAGUGAAGGGCGUGUCGCCCGCUCUACCGUACAACCAGUCCCAGGUCAUGGGGACGGCAAUGGCAUCCCCGAUAGUUUUCGCUGUUUGUCUCUUGGGUCUUGGGACCGUCCCGAGGGAGGAUUGGGCUCGCAGAUAUUCCAAGACGCCGAUAACAGGUCUCCGUUACACCAUCAAGAGGGGGAUGCCGGUUACUUACUCGGUCGAUAUCCAAUAAUUGAUAAUGGGUCCCAAACUCAACUAGAGCCCCCAACGGCGCAACCCAGGGAUUUAAGAGGAUCUAAUCUUGCCAGUGAUCCUGCUGCUUCGAGUCUGGGAAUUUAUAAUGUUGAUAGGAGGCUGGAGGAAGCCUCUAGGUGGUUGGAGGAGAAUAUCAGGCCCAGCCUCAUAGUUGGACAACACCACGAUACUGAGAGCUUGCACCUUACAUCCGCAUGGCAUCGCCAUCACUCUGUGGCAACCAAGGGGCCCCAGAGGUUUACGGAAGACAUCACUUCACAGUCUGCUGCGAUAUACAAGACCAACAGCACUAGCAGCCUCAUUCCGUACCUGGAAAUUAUGGCAGCCGAAUGCUGCAAAAGUCCUACUGCCGCGGCUCGCCCCAAGGGAUCCAAACAAGACGAUAUCGAACCAAAAGCUCAGUAUCAGGAACCUCUCGAGAGAAGAGAUAAAUUUUCGACUGGAAAUCACCCUGCUGGCCAAUUUUUGCCUGCUGCUGGGGCGGUCCCGAUAGUGGACAAUCACCCGAAGAGAUUCCCAAAGUCCGGUCUUGAGCGUGGAAAGAAGCCCCAAGCUGAAUUUAUAAAGGAAGCAGCGCGUGAAGCCUUGCUUACACGCAUCGUUUUUCCUGACGACGGAUAUAAAUCGUAUGUAGAGCACAAGCUGCUUGCCCUCCUUCCCAUUAAGUACGACACGGGCUCGAACAAUCAAGUGGAUUAACUAAAUCAAUUUAUUUUGGUCGUGUUUUUUUUAGGAGAUUUUAUGACAGAGUGGCUCCACGCGCAAAGGCCCGCGAUUUCUGGGAUUAGGUUGAUAAAAAAAUUGACCGGGGUGACAUACCGGAGGUGUCAUCCGGGCACAUUUUCUUGAAUUACCUCCACAUAUGAUACUCAGACUUGCACGCCGAGAGGUUAUGUUCUGGUUCUUUUAGUAGUUUUGAGGCUUGGAGAUUUUAAGGCUGUCUAACCUAACAAGGCUCCAUAAUGGUCUUCUCCUUGUGAUUGUAUACUUUGGGGUUACUGGGUGUGGUCCAAUUCAAAGAGGACAAGUAAUUGAGGUUCCAAAAUUUUAAGGUCCGACUUCAAUGGCGCUUGCGGCCAGAGGCCCCCGUAGUUGGAUUUCUUGAGCUCAGAUCUGCCCCGGCUAGUUUUUGGCUACCAUGAGGGCCUAGAGGAUAUGAAGUUAGAUUAUUUAGUCCCGGACGCGGUUUAGGUUGGGUAGGCAAGUGAAUUCAAGCAUGUGGAGGCGAUCGUCCAACACGAGAAAUAUAUUAUUUAAAAAAAUCAUAUCCCUACGGAUUUAGAUGUAAACAC